AUCGUCAGUAAGCGGUCGACCGUCACGCGGAAACGUUCGUGUGAGAUUUUGCGUCUCUCUGAUCGCGUUUAUCAAUUUGUACUGUUCACUUGUGCGCGCGUUUCACGUUACUUCUUUUCGUUCUCGUCGUGGAGAUGAAGUGACCGAUCGUCCCCCGAGAGAACAGAAGCAUGGAUCGGCGCGGUGCCUUCUUCAUUUCCAUCGCUUGCAUUCUGAUCGCCCUCGCCGUCGCCUCGGAGCCGGGGACCGGGCGGAACGGAGGUAAGAGGGAGCUUCCCGAAACACAGUACCGCUCGAGUAACCCCCUUUUUCCUCUGGAACACCCUUUGGACUCGCUCGCGCUUUCCAGAAGUUCUCAAGAGGCAUCGUUACCAGCCACGAGGGUCGGCGCGAACGCAACAGGGUCGGAAGUGGACGAUGGGUCGCGGGGUCAGCAGGAACGCGUCGAGCCGUCCGAGAACGUGCAGACGGAGGAGGAUUACGAGGGCGGGGACGAGUACGAGGACGAGUUGAAGGCCGUGGCCGAGUCGCACGAGGCGAUGUCGAAGGACGAUACUAGGAACUCGAACGCGUCGACGGCGUCGAGCACCGGAGUGCGAGACGGGACGUCCGUCGGCACGCAAAACUUCGACUCCCGCGAGGUGAUCACCGCGAACAGUUCAGACGAGGACGUCGCGUCCAACGAAGCGAUCACCGACGAGCUCGUCGAUAAAUACGACCAAGAGGUGGCGGAGUUGGUGAAGUACAAAAAGGAACGGAGCCACGGAGAGUCGAAUGGCCGUACGAAAACGAAGCGGGUGCCCACGGUGAAGAAGGAACUGAGCACGCAGAAGGAAAUUCUGAUAGGUAGCAAUGAGACCCAGGUGCCGAAGAAGAAUCUGAUACCACCGGAAGACCCGGUGAAUCGACUCGGCGAAGAAACCGAGGCGAUCCGGCGAAGAAAUGCUGAGAACGGGCCGGUAGGACUGGAAGAUCCGGCGUACUCGGAGGAGGGCGAGAUCGUUGAGAACAAUCGAAACUCGGAGGAGAGGCCGAAGAAGUUGGACAAGAGGCAAGAAACGGUCCUAAAGGAUCUGAAAUCCUAUUUGCUGACAGAAUACGCGACGGAGGAGGAGCAGCGGGAAAAGCUCCGCGAGCUGGAGGCUCAAGAAGACGUCCUCGCGAAGAACUUGUUGAAACUGUUGGUGAACCUAGCCGAGAAUCCGAAUCGAUGGGAGCGCGUGCAGAAAUUGCUCGUGAACGCGGAAAACGAGCUGAAACUGUCGAGGAACGGUUUGGAUCCGGGUAAACGGAGUUACGAGCCUGCGUCCACUCUGUUCCCGAGCACCACGGAAUUCUCGAAGGAUUCGAGGAAGUCCCGGAAGAAGCUGAAGAAGAAGAAGAAGGCCAAGCAUCGUUUCACCACGACGACAUUGACUCCCGUGCCGGCGACGCCGCCUCUGUUGACUACCACUGAAACGCCGUGGCAAACGACGCCCGUUCAACGCUUGAUCGUCCCGCUUUGGUGGUGGGGUCGAGAUUCGCCCGAGGGAACGGAAAAGGCCGCGGGCUACUCCGUUACGCAAAACCGGAGGAGCUUGCCCUCCAUCAGGGAGCUGAUCGAACAAAACAAGUCCAGGCCCUUCUCCGACGAUAGGAAACCAAUACUGCCGGACGAAGUUGGCGAACUCGGCAAUCAGAGGUUGCCGCGGUUUGGCAAGAUCGGGACUCGUGAGCCAGGUCACGUUCAGCCCCACAGGGAGUUCGCGAACGCGUACGAUGGACUAGACCCAGAACGAAUGUCGGAUUACGACGUAGAGGAAGCAUACCAUUCAUUGAGAUAUCCUCAAUCCCGAGACUAUUUACGAAGACGCGACGAAGAAUACCCAAUCGAUUUUAACGUACAGGCCGAUAGAUUUCGUCAAGAAUACGAACCGUCUCGCGACUACGAACUAAGCAGGAGUUGGCCAGAUCUCUCGUACAGGUACGAUUCACCGUGGAGAACGGAAGAGAGACUGUUACCUAUAGAUUGGCCUUGGAGGCAGUCUUCGGACGAGGGUAAAUAUUGGCCUCAGCGGGGCUAUCUACCCGUUGAGAAAAAUUACUGGUCGAACAACGAGGAAGACGCGGAACAGGAAGAAGCUCGGAAGAUGUGGCAACAGCAACGGGUCCAAUAUUGGAAAGACAAAUCGAACUGGUCAGCGGAGAGAGGUUCGAAAGCUCCGACCUGGCAGCAAGGGGAAAGGCCCGUGAAAUUGUACGAUCGGGAACAAGCGAGCGGGAAUUGGGAUAAGGGUAAAAACCGUUCGGAACUGAAUAAGUCGUCGACGAAACCGGAGAACAAGGAGAAGGUCGUGCUACCACAGAUCACGAUGAAAACUUGGAACAGCCUGACCUCCGACCCGGCUACGUGGCCUCACAAGCUACCAGGAGCGAAACCGUGGCCGAAAGACGAAAACGGAAAGUCGUACAACCCGAACGCGGACCUGGUGAAGAAGUUGGGUCUCGACAAACAGAACAACGGUCGUUCGAAGGAGCAGAGCGAAAAGGCGAGCGACGAGAGAAAGUCGAAGGACGAGAAACAAAGCAGAGUGUUCGCGUCAAAGGAAUCCGUGAAGGAAGAAGAGCUGCCUUUGGCGGAGACUUCGAAGUACAAAUCGAACGACGAUAGGAGCAACUUUAGUGAUUACAAGACGAGGGAGUCAAAACCUUGGUCGAUCGUCUCGGAGCCGAAAGGUUCCAAGGAGUGGAAAACGGAGAGCAUGCAAGGUGACGACGCGAGUGCCUGGAGGCGAAAGUACGAAGGGAAGAACCCGUGGACCAACGAAGAAGCUGCCUUGCCUAAGAUACAAUCGGUGGGUGCGUGGGUGAUGGCAGCUGACCAAUCUACCUGGAAGCCUUACCACAUCAAACCGAUGGACUCCACUGACGAAACUGUUUCUCGAAGAUGGUCGAAACCGAUCGAUAGAUCGAACACCGACGGGAAAUGGUUGAGCAAGGGAUCAUGGCCGGAGAAAGUGAACGAUUCUUGGAUGGAUCAAUCGGACACGGGUCUCUGGCCUGAGAAGACCGAGUUCUGGCCCGAGAAAUCUAACAAACCAGGCUCGUGGUUUCCGAAAACGAAAUCGGGCAACUCCAACUGGAAAGCGAAAGAAGGAUGGUUACCGAAACCAGAAUCCUCUUCGUGGAUAUCGAAAGAAGAUAGCAGUUGGGCCACGAGAAUCGGUCCUUGGUCGACGAAAUCGAACGAGUCGUGGACGUCCAAGGACGAGGCAGCCAAAGAUUCCUGGUCGGUGAAGAUGAAAGAAGACGAGGGAGACUCUUGGUCCAGAAAAUCGAACGAUCAAGGCGGAUGGAGUUCGAAGGGCAAUGACCUGUCCCCGUGGCAGCAGAAGAUUAACGACGAGUGGACUUACGGAAAAGCGAGUUCGACCGGUGCGUGGCCAGCGAAAUGGAAGCAAUUCGCGUACCAUAGGGUGACGGCCAUGCCGAUCUCUAAACCGGGGACCACGGCUGACGCAGCCGCUUCCAAGCCGAAGAACAACGCUUUUGUCGCGGUCUCCGCGGUCUCCUCGCCGAAAUACACGGGAACCGAGUGGAGGAAGAACGACGAGGACGCGAGGAACGAGAACGGUCGCGUGGACGAGCAAGAGCGCGGGGUGAAUCAAUUCCAGGUGGGCUUAGAGCGACCGAUCUACGCGUGGAAGAAGGAUCCCGGUACUUUACGGGAUGCCGCGGCGAAGAGCAACGGUAGCGACCCGCUAGAGAACCAGCUGGAGGCACUCAGGCAAAUUGACUUCUGGUCCUACAAAGAGAACGAGGCCGAGAAGAGAUUGACUUCGACGAGCGCUACCAUGGAGACAACGUCGGUACCGAGCAACUCCACGUCACCGACGGCGCACCGACGGGGUAUCCUGCCGGCAGGGAAUGACAGCGGGGUGCUCGAGAAUCGGCGGACGAUAUCGAUGAAAUAGGUCGAAGGUUUAUCGUAGAUCCUUGAUCUCGCCCGAUGUGUACCGGUCUGUUCAGUCGACAAUAGGCUACGCGAAGUCUCUGAGCAAGUUCCAACGACUCUCUGGCCCCCUGCCAAGGUGCACCGACAGCCCGUUACUUCGACUUAGAAUUUAAUCGAUGUCACACCAAUGGAAUAUCUUCUUGCCUUUGACCAAACUAACAGAGAAACGUCAUUUGUACCAGCGAAUUCGUUCCAUUUUCUUGUCCCUGCUGUUUCGUCCCUUAUCGUUUUUAAUAGUCGUUCAAAAGGCGAACUCGUGCCGCAUCGCGCGGAGCGCUCGUGCCAUAUUUGUCAACUUGUACGUGGGCGUGUUUAUAAGAAUCGACAGUCCCCGGAAAUAAAAGAAUAAUAGAAAAUCCUUCUUCCUACAUUCCUUUUUAUAUACGUUGCGAACUUGUAUUUCUCUUUGUACAACAGCGACGGACUUCAAAGCUUUCUUCCGAUGAUCAUCGACCACUGGAUGUCACACGAAUCUAAGAGAUGGUCCUCGAGUUUCUCAACUUCAUGUACACCGACAGACCACAAAGUAUUUUCAAUCUUUCUUCUUUUUCCCGUUAUUUAACCUGAAUUUCCGAAAGAAAUUUUGCCUCGCAAGCCCCUCUCGAAUUUUUAUUUCGACCUUUUGAAACCUCGCUUGGCAAAGGAAUAAAUUCUACGGUUCGAGGACGGAGUGCAAAAAGAGAAAGCUUUCCUGAAAGCCUCCUUUCUUUUCCUUUUCCGCAGGAUCCCCACGUGAAGUCCCGACACUGCGAACUCGGGUCAAAACUCAAGCCUCAAAUUUCGCAGCUGCUUUUAUUCCGGGUAACUGGAAUUUUUUGUAUAACCACGUUCGCCCGUAUCUAGUCGUAAAAAUUCGUGCGAAACUGUUCUAGUCUAAUGUACGUGAAUCGAUUACGCUUGUCAUUGACAACGUUCAAGCUUGUUGGAAGUUGUUGGAAGGAUGUAUUGUAAAUUGAACGGUGUACCGGCCGAGGGGCUAACAUAAAAAGAGCUUGUACGCUUUCGCAAACCAUGGGAAAAACAAAAACCUUAUAACUUCGCUGCGCAGAGAGUUUAGUAGGAAAUCGAGCGAAUAUUUUUUCUACGGGAUUGAAAAAUUGUCGGUCGCGGCCUAAACGCCGUUCAACUCUAGGAAACUGUUCAACCCUACGAGUGCCCUUAACGCAUCACACGUUGAUUCCUCUUGUCUGUUGUAAAGACGCAAACAAAUAAAUGAAUCGAUUACAAAAUGAUUGUGACCUUAAACGAUGUACCAGGGAUGGGGAACCUCUUCCACACGAAAGGCCGUAUCGUUCGAACCACUGUUUUCGGGGUAGUACAUGCUAAUUUAUUUUUACAAUAGUAAAUCCAUCUAAAUUUUAUAUCGGCACAAAAUUUAAAAUAUAUAAUUAUAAAUUUUUAUUGAAAUUAACUUCUUUUAAUAAAAAAAAAAUCUUUAGCGAUGUCGUCUUCUUUCAACUCGAUUAAUUCUAUAGUGACAGAAAAUUUUUACAAAGAUAAAUAAGGCCGCAGGUUCCCGAUACAUACCUUUCACGAUCGAUCGAGGGCUAACAUUAUAACUUUAUUUUAUUUGGUAGCACGAUAUUCGAUGCCACUUGUUCGUACAUCUAGUAACGCAGCAGGCAAGAAGAAUCCAUGACAAUAUAUUUGACAAGUGGCAUUAGAAAAGCGAGUGAAGGGAAGUAGCAACCAGAACCGAAGUCGUCGUACUCGAGGGACAAGACAGCUGAAUCAAAUCUGCUGUUAGGAUAAAAAAAAUCGUUAUUGAAUCUCGGUUAAAAAAAAAUCGAUGAUUUUCGACCCUCUACGUCCAUUCGGCCACGCGAACGCGACCAGUUUCAAUUGAAUAAUUUUCUCGUUAACUCGAAAACAGGGUAGCGGUGAUUCAGAGAGGGAAGUCGGCACGUUUGCCCGGUGAUAACGUCGUAAGAAUUUCAAAGCGAUACUAUAUUUGUACGGAAUGAGAUGCGAUCUCGGUGGAGGUAAAUUUCUUACGCGUAGCGUUAGAACGUCGCCUUCGAUUUACAUAUCAUUUGUAUUGAAUUUCAUUUAACGUCGGCUCGCUGAACAACGAGGGAAAAAAAGGAACACCGAGCUGUUGGACCGUAGAGGGUGGGCCUCGCGUAUCGAUUGGCAAGAGGGACGAACGAACGGAGCAAGUUAACCGUGAUAUAUUACGUCGCGUGAAAUAAUAAUUCUUGCGAUUAGAAGCACUGAUAUGUACAUAAAAUGCGUUCGGUUCAUUCUUCUUGAAGAGAAAACGGAGGGACCUUUUAUCUAGAACUUCGUCCCGGAUCGAUCGAGAAAUCGCGUGAGCUGUUUUCUAACGAAAACUCUCCGAGAAGAAAAAUUUAGAUGAUCGAUUUACGAACUGCGGUUGAAAUUUCGAUCGAAUCUCGUCGAUUCGUUGAAAGCACUUUAGGAAUGAAUAUUGUAAAUAUCACUAAGGGACUCGUGUCUUAUUUCUAACUCGUUCCGAUUUGCAAGUAAGGAAAGAGAACAGACGCGAAUUAAACAAUAAUAAUCAGGCUAAACUUCUAAGCUUUGGUCGACUCGUUCGUGCUGACUAAUUAGUCAAAAUAUGGCUAUUUUCAAGACGUCCUGAACUUAGUUGAAAACAAGAAUGUGGAACCAAGAGGAACGGGAACUCGGUUCGAAUAGAAGGUUGAAACAAGCAGAAUUAUGCUACAUGGUAUGAACCCGAAGAGUGGAGCUGGUGCGACGGAAAGUUAGGAGAGUAUGGAUACGCACAUACACGUACACAUACACGCGCGCAUACACAGUUGUACGCACACGACAGAGAGGAAUAAAAGGGAUGUCGUAAGGGUACGCUGAUAUAUCUCCUCGAAUUUUCAGAGAAUUCACGGAAAAAAUUCAUGUACCUUUAUAGGACCCUCUGUAUCUACCCAUACGUACGUAGGAUAUAUCGAUUUAAGGAAAAUGAGAGAAAUAAAUGUCGUACGUUGUAUAUUUA